AUGGCCACUGCUCUUCUACCAAAUGAUGGUUUCUACACAAAUACCGAUGAUAAGUCUCUGGAAAUAUUCUCACUUAUUUGGCUCUAUGAAAAUGUAGUCGUUAAAGACACUCGAGAUACAGAAGUAAGAUUACGUUCCAUUAUUAAUCAUAUCAAGAAAUUUCAAGAUAUAAAACAAUGUCAACAAUAUAUUGAACAAACAUCACAAAAAGAUCGAUUAGUAAUUAUAGUUAGUGGUAGCUUAGGACAAGAAAUAGUACCCUUCAUUCAUCAACUUCGACAAGUUAUAUCAAUUUAUGUUUAUUGUAUGGAUAAGAAGAGUAAUGAACAAUGGACUUGCAAAUUUUCCAAAAUAAAAUCUGUUGUUGUUAAUCUUGAUGAACUUGUAUCUCAAAUUACGACAGAUCAUAAAAUUCAGAAAAAGGUAGAAGAACCAUUCUCAAUUUAUACUUUUACAACAAGUGUUGGUGCGGGGAAGUCAACAACAGGAGUUAAUGGACAAUUUGUUUUUUCUCAAAUUCUCGUUGACUGUCUUCUACAAUUAAAAUCAACUGAAGUAGACAAAAAUGAACUUAUUAAUCUUUGUGUAAAUGAAUAUGAAGGAAAUCAUACCGAGCUAAACAAUCUGCGUGAAUUUCAACAAGAUUAUUCGCCGGAUAAAGUGUUAUGGUGGUACACAAAAGAAUCAUUCUUCUACAAGAUUCUUAAUGCAGCUUUACGUACACAAAAUAUCCAUAUGAUAUUUUUAUUUCGAUCAUUUAUUUAUGAUAUUUAUCGUGAAUUGCAAAAAUAUCAAUCUAACCAUCCUUUGCAAGUUUAUCGAAGUCAACUAAUGUCGAUCGAUGAGUUAAAUGGUCUUAAAAAUAAUAUUGGUCAGUUCAUUUCUAUAAAUUCAAUGUUUUCCACUAGUAAACAACGUACAACAGCUCUCUUCCUCCUUGGUGAUAUAACUACAAAGACUGAUUUAGAACGAGUAUUAUUUGAAAUUGAUGCUGAUCCUAAGAUAGUCACUACAAAACCAUUUGCUGAUAUUAGUGAACAUAGUGAUUUCCCAGAUGAAUCAGAAGUUCUCUUUAUGAUCGGUUCUAUUUUUCGUCUUGGUAAUAUUGAUCGUAAUGAUGAUCAAAUAUGGAUCAUUAAAAUGACUUUAUGUAAUGAUGACGAACAUGAUUUAAAACAAGUUCUUAUGUAUAUGAAACAACAAAUCAAAAGUGGUGAAAUGAAUUUUCGAAUAUUAGGGAAUGUAUUAUGGGAAAUGGGUAAAUUUGAUUUGGCUGAAAAAUAUUUUACUCGUUCGUUGCAACAACUUCCAUCGAAUGAUUCAUUACAUAUCAGUUUAUAUGAAGACCUUGGUAAACUCACAUCACAGAAAGGGGACUAUGAUAUGAGUGUUCAAUGGCGUCAAAAAUUACUUACAUUCAAAGAGAAAAAUCCAUCAGCUACUAAUGUUAAUGUUAAUAAAACAAACAAUUCGAUCGAACAAACAAUUCCUGUCAAUCACAUUAAUAUCAACACAAAAUGGAAACAACAUGGAGUUACUGUCGCUGGAGGAAAUGGACAAGGCAAUCAGUUAAAUCAACUCUGUUGUCCUCAUGCUGUCUAUGUUGAUGAUGGCCAUCAAACCAUUUAUAUUGCUGAUUGGUUGAAUCACCGUAUUGUUGCAUGGAAAUAUGGAGCAAAGAAUGGUCAAGUUGUUGCAGGUGCAAAUGGAGAGGGAAAUCGAACUGAUCAAUUGAGUCAUCCAAUAAACGUGAUUGUUGAUAAAAUAAAUGAUUCUUUCAUCAUUUGUGAUAGAGGAAACAGACGAGUGGUACGAUGGCCUCGUCAAAAUGGUAAAAAUGGAGAAACAAUCAUUUCUGACAUUGAUUGCCGAGGUCUAACAAUGGAUAGCAAUGGAAAUCUUUAUGUCUCUGACACAAAGAAGAAUGAAGUGAGAUGUUGGGAACAAGGAGAAAGAGAAGGAACAAUAGUAGCAGGUGGAAAUGGAAUAGGAGAUCAUCUCGAUCAACUCAAUUGGCCUACUUAUAUCUUCGUUGAUGAAGAUUAUUCAGUUUAUGUGUCGGAUUCUGAGAAUCAUCGCGUGAUGAAAUGGAUGAAAGGUGCAAAAAAAGGUAUUGUUGUUGCUGGUGGAAAAUUUGAAGGGAAUCGUUUAACACUAUUGUCUGAACCUCAAGGAGUGAUUGUCGAUCAUUUGGGUAAUGUUUAUGUGGCUGACUGGAACAAUCAUCGAAUAAUGCGUUGGUGUGAAGGAUCUAAGGAAGGUAAUAUUGUUGUUGGUCGAAAUAAAAAAGGAAAGCAAACAAAUCAGUUCAAUGGUCCCACAGGUUUAUCAUUCGAUGUUCAAGGUAAUCUCUAUGUGGUCGAUUGGUGUAAUCAUCGAAUACAAAAAUUUGAUAUUGAUUUGAAUUAA